AUCAGUGAACAGCGUUUUCGGAGAAUAUAGCGAUUCAGGAUGUACAACUACUCAAGUGCGUACGCAGCGGCCUUUUCAGAAAGUUACAAAAAGGCGUGUGACUCGGAUCCCUCGACGGCAGACGGCGGGCAGCACUACGGCACCUGCGGUCCCUACGGUUCUGCCACCGUCCGAGGACGGUGUCCGCACUCGGCUCGUGUCGAGAGCGGGAAUCUACGGGGAGGUGACACCCACCCAAGAUCACGGAAUGCCGGUCAGCCCAUGUCUGGCUCCCAGCGGGUGUGCCCAAGUGGAUAUGUCCCUCGCCAGAUUGAUUCCGCUAAGGAUGAGCGGAAUCUCAAGCCACCUUUACAAGGCCCCCGAACUAGGAGGCGUUUCCCCCUUCGGCGUCUUUUUGAACGCAACAAGGUUCGACCUCUGAACAUCGACGGUCCCUCGUUGGCAUCAGAAGCACGCCCACCCUGCCCCAGUGCCCCAGUUGACUCGGCCCACUCCUCGUUGUUCAUUGCCUCAUCGCAAAUCUCUAACACCACCCAGAGAUCAGGCAACUUGGACGGAGCUGGGCAGUCCCGUAAGCUGGCGAACAUCAGCAGCGACAGGACGAGUUUGAGUCCCCCAGAAGACGACAUUGGCAGGCCGCCAUCUGUCGUCGUAGGACAGGCACUUGUCCCACCAAAAUCAAGGCCCAAGCGACCGUGGAAAACGAGACUUCGAUCUCUCUUUGCUCCUCCGAGUCGCGGGACCAAGACCACCGUUCAGCCCUUCAUUACACCACAAGGGCAAUCGGAAGGUCAAGUCGGCCGACCUAGGUCACUGAAAGAAGACCACAGUGACCUAGGUCAUGUCAAUCGACCUAGAUCACUGAAAAAAGACCACAGCGAUCCAGGUGCCCAGAGCCACUACACCAGUGCUCUGAUGAAGAAUCGAGAAGCGAAGGGAUUUGGAGGAAAUGCAUCAACUGGAAAGAUGCAUCGUCGGCACGGCAGUGCUGCCAUGGCAACAAGACCAGUCUACAUCAACCAGCCCCUCUCGAUCCCAGGAGCACCUCAAUGUGACCGGGGUCAUCUCCAGUCAAGCUCACCCCCUGCUGCGAGUAGUGAUAAUCCCAUCUCAUCACAGCAGCAGGAGAAGGUUACGAGCAUCAUCGUCAAUGACAAUGACAGGUCACUCCCAGCUUCAACUCCUAGGGAUGCUUCCUUUCGCAAUUCCUCGGUGUGCGUCUUGCCUUCAUAUCCAUCUGAGAGGCAAGGAACAACGAUGGAGGAUAAGAUAACAUCAGACAAGGAAGUAGCAAUCCCUAAUCAAGAUCCUCUGACGUCGAUCUCAAGAGGAAAUGGCAAACCUUCUGAAAUCAGCUCAGCGUCGCAGUCAUCCCCACUGCAAGACAGAGAAGAUGAAAACGUGACACCCGAUGACAACUCAGUGUCGCAGCCUGUCUUGCAGUGUUCACCUACCAACGGGAAGGAUGCGUCCUGUGAUUUCACGACGUGCUCUUCAUAUCUUCAGGUUCAGGAACAAGAAGACGAUGAUGAAGUACAAAAUGAUAUAGAAUCCAUCUUGAAGCCUGUAUCUCUCUGCUCCGCCGCAACAGAUGAUGAAUUUCCCACCAACUCCCUCAUUUGUUCAUCGCAGAGGCUACAGGCUGAAGUCGUUGAAGAUGACGACAAAGCAUUAUAUCUUGAAGGUUCUAAUUUGAGACCAGGACCGACAUCCCCUUCAAUAAAUGAUGCACCAUCUUCACCAAUAACACCAACCUCUUCUGCAACGUCAUCACAGGAUCAUGACCAAAUGUUGAUGGAUGAAACCAGAAUCCGCGAUGGUGGGAAACCAUCUACUUCAAUCGAAGUCCCAUUUGUAGCCGUACCCAGUCCAUCUGCACUCUCCGAGAAGAUGGAGGCCUUGGAGAGAAGUGUAGACGAAAUAUGCGAUGAUGAAGGAUCACCAUCAAAACAAGCAACUGCAUCUUCAACAUCAAGAAGUGGUUUCUCCAUCUUAGGUCAAAGUUAUACAAUCUCACAAGAGAAAUUAGAGUCGGCAAUCGUACAAGAUGGAGACAUGGCAUCUGAGAAUGAAAUGUCCAUCUUGGUGUCGCAGCCUGCCUUGCAGUCUCCACUUACCAAUGGGAAUGAUGCGUCCUGUGAUUUCACGACUCGCCCUUCAUAUCUUCAGGUUCAGGAUCAAGAAGACAAUGAUGAAUUACAAAAUGAUAUAGAAUCCAUCUUGAAGCCUGUAUCUCACUGCUCCUCCGCAACAGAUGGUGAAUCUCCCACCAAUUCCAUCAUUUGUUCAUCGCAGAGGCUACAGGCUGAAGUCGUUGAAGAUGGCAACGGAGCAUUAGAUUCUGAAGGAUCUAAUUCAAGACCAGGACCGACAUCCCCUUCAAGAAAUGAAACACCAUCUUCACCAAUAACACCAACCUCUUCUGCAACGUCAUCACAGGAUCAUGACCAAAUGUUGAUGGAUGAAAACAGAAUCCGCGAUGGUGGGAAACCAUCUACUUCAAUCGAAGUCCCUUUCUCUGCCGUAACCAGUCCAUCUGCAAUCUCCGAGAAGACGGAGGCCUUGGAGAGAAGUGUAGACGAAACAUUCGAUGAUGAAGGAUCACCAUCAGAACAGGCAUCUGCAUCUUCAACAUCAAGAAGUGGUCUCUCCAUCGUACUCCAAAGUUCUACAAUCUCACACGACGAGCUAGAAUCGGCAAUCGUGCAAGAUGGAGAUAUGGCAUCUGAGAAUGAAAUGUCCAUCUUGGAACCUUGCCCUCCCAAUGAAACCGACGUCACUACCUCCAUCCCCAUGGAAACCUUAUCUGUGACAUCAUCACCACCUCACAAGGAGGGGAGACAAGGUGGAGACCAAGGUGGUGGUUUGGAAUUGAUCUCAAAGUCUGUGUCUCCAUCUCAUCUCUCUGUCUCCUCCACGUCCAAAUAUUCCUCUUCGUCAAGGAAACUAGGAGCAGGGACGAAUAUUGACAAUGAUGAUGGAAAAAGCUCCUUAGUGUCAUCUAUGAACGAUCAUUCAGAGUCAACAUAUACAGAAGCUAAUGGAGCGCCAUCUACGGUGGAUGUUGACCCGGAUGACGAAGAGCCAUUGUCAGGCAAAAACAUACAAAAGUAUAAAAGAUUCCCACCUCUGCAUGAACAGCGACUCGCUCUCAAGAUGAACCCGGCAAUUGCUCUGCAAAGCUCAUCUCCAGAUGACUUGGAUCGUUGGGUGGAUGUUGUGCUGAGUUGUGUUGCUCGCAGGGAUAAGAUGCGACAAAUGCAACUUGCUUCCAACUCCAAGACACCUUACACAAGAGAGGAGGCUCUCGAAAUUCAAGCCAACGCCGCGAAAGCCAACGACAUAAUGCGCCAAUUGAACCAAAUGACCUCCUUAUCGACGGAAGAUGAAGGGUCGAGCGUUGAAAGUUUGCAAUCAGCCUCUCCAGUAAAUUCUGUCAGGAAAACUUUAAAUAACAGACAGGACAAAGAAUCGCAGACUAUAGAAGAUGCCUUCGUGACGUUCGUAUCUCCAAAAUAUUCGGAAUCUUCUUCAUCCAUAACUGCAAAGAAACAUUCCGCCACAGCUUUGGAGAAACCCGCAGAAAGAACUAAAAUGAGCGACUCGGAUCAACAAGAGGCAACGCCAGCUGGACGUCCAGAGCCUUCCAUUUCAAAGCUCUCUGAGAUGAUAUCUGCUGAAAGUAAACCAAGGGAUGUUGCCAACAGGGAAUCCUCAUAUGACAACCAACCUUACAUCUCGAAGAAGUCACCUUCCAAUGAUUCAUUAAGUAAAGCAUCACAGGCUAAGAAGGACACCUCAAGUCCUCAAGAGGCCGCUUCUGAGAAAGAUGCAGAAUCUUCUUCAUCCAUUGCCAAUAAAGCAUCAUCUGGAGAAAAUCACCAUUCGCCACGACCGAAAAUCUCGACGAGUUCCGCUUGGAAAGAUGCGGCAACAUCUGACUCCACACCCGGCACAGCCAAUGCUUCUUCUAAGAACUCCCAAGCAACGCAGGAUCCUCAGGAAGGACUACCAGAACUCACAGCCUAUCCCUCAAUCGAUCCCAGCGAGUUGGAGUUCAUUAUGUCUGACAACGGAAAGGAAGUGGCACUUGGGUCGGGUUCUUGUGGUGGAGUCCUACUGAUGCGUAAUAUAGAAGACAACACUCCCCUUGCUGUCAAGGUGCUGGUUAAAAACUUCUCUGACUUACAGUACGAGGUGGCAGCCAUGCAUGCGGUGAUGAACUGCCCCUACUUCCCCAAAUUUGUAGGAGUCAUCGAUUACUGUUCUUACGCCCAAGAGCUUGUGGGCGGUGUGGACAGUAACAUGGCUUUCAACUUCAGCAAGGCGCGGAACGACUACGAUCUCUUAUACCCGUUAGAGUGGCUGCACGUCUGCCGUGAUGUCACGGAGGGACUCAAGGCUUUACACGCUGCUGGCUGGCUUCAUAACGACCUACACUGGAAUAAUGCCAUGGUGUGUCCCAAUCCACCAGGCUCUGAGGUGGCUUGGUGUGGCAAGAUCAUCGACCUGGGACUCACCUCGCAGAUAUCAAAUCCAGGCCCAGUCGCGAUCCUGGAUGACGAGGAACAGAGGAGGGUCUAUAAAUAUAGCAAGCAUUGUGCGCCCGAGAUUCUGGAAAGUAGAGACGCUUACAAUGAGAAGACUGACAUCUACAGCCUUGGCCAUCUCUUCGUGCAUUCUGUAGCCGGUGGUGCAAACUCCCUCCACGGUCUCCGUCUGCUAGGCGAGUCCUGCAUGAGACGAAGUCCCGAUGCUCGCCCAACACUUGAGGCCGUCUCGGGGAAACUAGGCGAUCUCAUCACGGAGAUGAUGCAGGCUGAGCAGCAGCAGCCUUCCAGCCCGACUCCUAUUCCUCCUUCCUCAACCUCUCCUUCUCCUAAUCUCCGUUGCCAUCUCAUCACGGAGAUGAUGCAGGCUGAGGAGAAGCCUUCCAGCUCGACUCCUAUUCCUCCUCUCUCCUCCUCUCCUCCUCCUAAUCUUCGUUGCCAUCUCAUCGCGGAGAUGAUGAAGGCUGAGCAGCAGCCUUCCAGCCCGUCUCCUAUUCCUACUUCUUCACCUUCUCCUUCUAAUCUUCGUCGCCAUCUUUGUUAGUUUAUGAAAUCCAGAAUCGCACAGAAAGAGAUCGGCCGCAUUCGAAUCUGAUGUUUUUGACUACGAUUACAAAGCAGUAUAUGAUUAGUGGAAAGCUGGGAGCAUGCAAACCGUAGUGUCGUAGUCUAACACAACCGAUUCGAAUGCGGCCGUUUAGGGCCAUGUCUGCACGCGACGCAAUUCACGGCAAAUUGUUCCACGCAAGACAGUAAUCAUUGCAUUCCCUUUAAUAGUCUGAGGUAUGUCUAUAAAUUGUUAGUCAGUUAAUGUUCUCCACUCCUCCCAGAAUU